AUGGAUGCAAAGCCAAAUACGGAGCAACCAUCGAAAAUAUUUCUUAAUCCAAUGUUCGCCAAAGCUCACAUUAAUCCGAAGUUUCUCGCUACCAAUGGAACGUUGCGUAGACCAGAAACGCAGUCCACGGAGGCGCCUGAAGUGCUCCUGCAGAGUAAAAUUCACUUCAAUCCAGCGUUCCUGGGCAAGCUGCAGAUUCAACAGGUAUCGAAUGAACCACCUGCCAGUGCAGCAACACUUACAUCGCGCUCUCAGCAUGUGAAUCCUUUAAUAUCCGUUGCAAAACCCUGCAUCGUUGUCCAGAAACACACAAUGCCUGUGAUUGUAAAUCCGAUAAUUAAAAAUACAAGGAGAAAACUAGUUCGCGCCAAUGCAACAAACAACACACAGGUUGCUGUGAUGGUUAAAAAGGCGAAAAGUGCAAACGCAAUUCCUGUUAGUACACCACUUGCUCCCUUAGUAAGAAUCGGAAAGAACAAGCUCAUACGGGGCUCUAUGCCAUCGCUUCUGGGAUUGGAAAAUGUGAAAACAAAAAUUACUGGUAAACUUCCUGAGCGGAAAAGUCUUAGAAUCGAUCGAAGGAUUCCCUCAUCUAGCGUAUUAGCUAGAAAGCCUACAUUCGUGAAACGUUAUGCUCUUUCGAGGAUCAAUGGUUUUAAUCCGAAGAAGGUGAUCAUAACCGAUCCAAAGUUGUUGAAAUUAAAACGAAAACCAGCAACAAGGACAAACGAAAAGGCAGGAAAUAUAAAGAAUCCCGUUGCGUACGCGUCAAAGAACAAACAACUUGUGCUCGUGAACAUCAACGGAGUUUUGUAUAGAUCGUCAACGAAUAAGUUGCAAAAAUCCGUACCACAAUCUGCCCGACAGACGGUUAAUCCCUCUCCCACGAAGGUCGCUCGUAAAACCAAAGAACGCUUCUUGAUUAUCCGGGGAAUGCGGUACGCUUUGGAUCACUCUGGAUUGAAAUUGCGUACCGUUGGCGCAGGAACGGCAGCCACACUUUCGUCAGUGUCAUCAAAGAAUAGUUCGGAAUCGAAAUUGAAUCGGAUUGAUAUUGGCGGACUGACGUACAAAGCACGUAAUGAUGGAACCUUUAUUCGCACUGAUAAUCACAGAACUCGGAACCAUCUCAGUACGGCCAAACAGCGAAGCAUACAGGUGCUCACGAGUAAGCUGAAAAAGUGCAACGAACCGUGUCAUAUCUACCGACGAUUGGGAAAAUGUCUGGCAUACCAGCGCGGCAAGUGUCCGAAGCUGCACGACCCGAAGCAUGUUAGCAUUUGCCAGAAGUUUUUACGCGGAGAAUGCAUCCUCGACGGUUGCUUAUUGUCACAUGACGUGUCUCUUGAAAAAAUGCCCGUUUGCAAGUUUUUCCUAGAGGGUAGAUGCAUGCAUGACGUGUGUCCUUAUCUGCACAAAAAGGUCAGCGAAAGCGUGCGUAUAUGUGAUGCAUUUGUAAAUGGGUUCUGUCCCCUGGCCGAUAAGUGCCCCAAUCGACACGUUUUCCAAUGUCCUGAGUACGAGCGGCAAGGCAAGUGCGACCGAGUGAAGUGUCCAUAUCCACACGGGAGCAAGGAAAUCAAGAGGAAACAAUCCAUCGCACCGCCAUCUAGCGGCACUUCAUCUCAGAAGAAGCAGCUUAAGGAUCCUUCUGCAAGCGUUGAGGCAUCGACUUUACCGAUUCGAUAUUACAGAGACGACGGACUAUCGACUACAGACCGCGACCAAACGGGUGAGUUAAGUGCUAGUGAACGAAAUCAGUUGACGCGUAUGCUUGGUGAAGUGGACAAAAUGAAACAACGUCAAAAAGACGGGGAUGAUCAGCGAGACAACAAUAAAGACGAUGUACCCAUUAAGCCGAUCAACGAUGAGGAUGCAGUUGUAAGUAUAGAUCAGAGGAGUGAGGAUGAUCGAUCUGAAACUAGCGACGAGGCAACACCGGAAGAAGCUAUGAAUAGCGAGAAUGAGGAAGAUAUGCGACCUCCGGUGAUGCGUCGUAAAGCACUUGGUAUUUUGCCAGCGUUUAUACCAAUUUAAUUGCAUUUUUAAUCACGUCACGUUAAUGGUAGAGAUUGACUACAAAUAAAAACUGUUGACGUGUGUUGAUGAUAAAUAAAAUAUUAGAAAAUAAUUAGUAAAU